UUUUGUUUAUAAUCAGUUUUAGCACACUUGCUUAAAGUAUUUGCAAGGCUUUUCUAAUUUUACUUACGGAUUGUACAGGCAAGUUGAUGGGUUAGAGUUCAUCAGUACAUGUGUAUGCAAUGAGCAAGGGAAGGGACGGGCUUUGGUUUCUAUCGCGUAAGAGUAAUGUUAUACAGUAACCACGCUCUUGCCAACAAUUGUACGUUGGCAAAAAUUACAAAAUGCAUGGAAAUCCGUACGAUACAUACAAUGUUUUUGGAUUCAAAAUUCCCCGUUACAAGCUUGCCCUUUACACAGUUUUGGGCUACACAGGUAUCAUUGUCGGCUACCUUGAAUACCGGAAGCACCGUCCCCCUCCACCGAUUGAGAUCCCAGACAAGGAAGAAGAGGAAUUUGUGAAGCGUUAUGUCGCGUGGCGUUUGGAAGAAUUGAAAAAGCCAGAAUUAGUUAGGAGGCCUUUCGACCCAAAAGCGGCGGGACUUUGAUGGAUGGCUGAAUUGACACUCAGGCCAUUGAUUUCGACAUUGUCACUGGAUUUCACGCCAAUAUAUAUUACAGAUCCGGC